CCGCGGUUGCUGCGCGCGGUGACGUCACUUCGUACGAUGCGCCGACGCGUGGCUCGGCGGUUAUAACCAACCAAGUUGCGCGUGCGGGGACGCCUUCUUCAACCAGCGAACAUUUCGCGGACCACACGCUACUUAGCCGAGACUAGACGCGUCCUCGGCGAGAGGAACGCCUAAUACAGCGUGGUUUGGGUUCCCGCGGAACCCGCGUAGCGAACCACCCGACCGGAGGGACCGCUGACCGUGGGGUUGACAACCCCGCUGCCGGCGUAGCUCGUUGCGUCAUGACGUCACGCGCUCCACGCGACGGGGAAGGAGACGGGGCAGGGCCGGUGUCGGCCGCUUGCUGAUAAUUGCGAGGCUUGCCGAUUCGAUGAUGACGACGGUGUGUCGGUGGUUGUUAGUUGGUGUUGUUGUUGCUGCUGUUGCUGCGAGGACGAUGGUGAUCGUCGCGAUGGCGGUAUGAGGAGCCGGUCGGGGAGAAGGCCCUCGCGCGUCUCGGAGCGAGCCGCUCGCCAGCGAGGGCUCAUGGAUAGUCCGCUCAACAUGGCCCAUUUGCAAGCCAGGAAGGCAGAGAAGUUUCUGGUAGCUGGCAAGUAUGAGGAUGCUAUUGCCUGUCAUGUCAAAGCUGCUGGGUUUCUCGAUGAGGCCAUGAAGCUUACAGACUCCGAACAGGCACUGCUGUCCAUGCGCCUGCAACAGCAGGACCACUUGACGCAGCAGCGGCUGGUGCGCGAGCGGUGGCGCCGAGCCCAGCGGGAGCAGCGUCUCCGGGAAGAGCUCCAGAGGAGGGACAGGGAGCGUGCGGCAGAUGUCACGGCAGCCAUGAGCGCCGCAGACGCGUGCGACAGCGCUGCCGCGCCACUUUCGACCAGAGGCGCCAUGAGGACAGCGAAUGCACACAUGAGCUGGGAUCUGCGCCAGGGCGGCGCAUGCCGGGACCCGCUGGAGCGCGAGCCCGACACACUCUUGUACUACCUGCUUGGCGGCAUCGAGCAAUCGACGCUGCCCGGAACCAAGGUGCCCAAGGACGCGCGCACGGUGUUGGAGGAGCAGCGCACGCACACGGCAGACUUGCUGCGCAUGCUCGGCCUCCUCCUUCGCGACAACGAACGCCUGCGGGCCGACAACGAGCGCCUUCGCGCCGAGAAUGAGGCACUGCGCGCCGACGAGUGCCAUCGCAUGGCGGCAGUGGCGGCGGCAGCUGCCGAUGCCGCGGCCUCACCGGGAGUUAGAGCAGGCUUGGGCUUGCCGGUGUGCGGGCUGGACUCGGACACGCACUUUGUGGACCCGCACGAGGUGUGGGGUCUGGCUGGGAUGGGCGCCGCGCGGCGUGGCCUGGGGCCGGCCUUCCCGCACGCCCUGACGCCGUUGGGAGAGCUGCCCCCGCUGGAGUUGCCUACGGUGGAAGGGUUUGAUCUGAGGGAACUGGAGGACAACAGUGGCCGGAGCUGAGAGGUGGCAAUGAAUCUUGAGCCUGAAUUAUGUUAUAGUAGUGGGGAUAAAUUAGCACUCAGAAAAGAACACAUUGAAUGUUCUGUGGAUAUUCUGACCCCUGCCUUGGAGAUGUAGAAUUUCCACCACUGGCUCAGGCCUGCAAUAGAGAUUAACACUGCCCUUUUGUUCUUUGAACAUUGAGACACUUAGAUGUAAUGAGCCAAGCUUAAAGAAAACACGUGUCCAAACACUAUUAUAUAUUACCAACUAUUAUUGUGGGUAUUUUUGGGGCCAUCUACUUGGCAAAGUUAUCUGGGUCCAAUUCAGCAUUCUUAAUUCAAAAUGUCUUGAAAAUAUUUCCUGUGGGAUGUGCUGACCCUGAAAUAAUUCACCAGUUAUGACUUCUCGAGGUCGAGUCACCUUAAUAAGAGUGCGAGGUACAGACUAUGCACAGGUUGAUUCAGCCAAACAUUUGUAUGCCUGCCGGGGUAUGAACUUUAUAUUAACUCAUGAGUAUAUACAUAUGUUUGUCCACUGAAAAUAGCCCUCAAUAACUCGUAGGUUGAAACCUUUGAGCCAGGUAUUUAGCCAGGAUUUGUGGGCAAGUAAUUUAAUAUUUGAUGUGUAAGAACCUACAAAAUGCCACCUGAGUUGUGUAUAUUCAACAGUAUGCCAAUACACCUGUAAGCAUGUGCAAUUCUGGGGACUGAGAGUAAAGUACUCGUACUUGGAAGUGUAUAAUUGAUUAAACAUGUUAUGCAGACCAUAUUCAACCGUGUAAGCUAGAACCUUACACUUCGUGAGUGCAAAAAGUUACGUUAUAUAUUUUUUGUAUGUAGGCUGUGCUGACAAGGGUGUUUAAAUAAGUAAACAGACAAUAACAAUUCUGUAACCUGUCAGUGCGAUGUAGGUAUAAUUUGCAUAGUUAAUAAGGCAUAACCCUGGUAGUCAUGUGCAAUAUUUGUAGUGGCUAGAUGGUUGUUUUUUCUGGGUGUUCCGGUUUCAUCCCAAGUGUAAACACUCGUUAAUUGGGCGAUAACGCCUUAAUAUAUGGAGGACAGCAGAGCUUGGGGAAUUUGGCAACAGCUCACCCAUCUGGUUGCCUUUUCCGAUAGUAUAUGGUUCCUCGUGCCUCUGAGUCAUUCUCACUCUUCCACAGUGAGCGAAUACUGUGCAUGUUAAAAGUUGAAAUUAUUACUUGUUAUGGCAGAUGUAUCGCAUGAUCAAAUAUGGUACAUUGGAUGACUAACCUUCAAGAGCAGCAAUCAUUUAUUUAGUUUUUUGGCCUCUGGGGAUGUAAAUGCAAGUGAAAUCGAUUGCGUAAUGAAGCUGCGAUAUUCUGACAACUGAGGCAUGGCAACAAUUACAAAUUGAUGGAAUGGCUGCAUUCAAAUUUGCCAUGACACUGAAAUCUGGCUGAUGCGCAACAACAUAUGCAAGUGCUUUUUACUUUUUUGUUUUUCCAAUAACAUUUAUGGCACCCAAUGGUCAAGCACUUUUCAUGAAUUCAAAUUGUCAUGGAUAAUUAUUAAGUGAACUCUUUCUACACAUUGUUCCAACCACUGCAUAAUUCCAACUUAUUGCAAUUCAGAAGUUCUAAAUGUGAGCAGCAUUGCCUGGAGGUUGAAUCUUUAACUGGUGUACCACUUCUGCCGUUAUUAGAAACAUGCUUACGUCCGAUUGCACCUGUUCCACGAUUGAAUGGCACUGCUAUAGGUAACAGCAUUAUAUAUAAAAAAACAUUGAUACACCCUCGUUAUCCUUAACUUAGUAGGUCAAGCUAUAGCCACAGAAAGAUAAUGUGGAUUAUUGUUGGCUUUACAAUGUUAUUUUGUAUGACCUUUAGCCAUUUGAUAAAAUACAAGGCUAACAUGCAUUGUAAUUAUUUUUAAGUAACUUGUGUAACACAUUACUAACUUUGACAUUGCACUCAUGCUUUCUCCCUAUCGCAGUACUACGUAUCAAGUGUACUGUUUGAUGAACAUUCAUAUGUCAUGAAAAGAUGUUGCUGUUAACAUUCUUAAUGUUUAUUAAGAUGUUUUUGUGCAUCUGAUGUUUAAAAGAAAUGUGCUUUGUAUUCCAUAACAGGUGCAUGUUGUGAGCUUGUAUUUUUUUUCAGGAUAAAUUGAUCUUAAAAAAUUUCACAUUUACAUAUAUUAAAGUAUGCCUGUGCUUUUAAUUUUUUCUUCACACAGGUUGGUUCUGUAUACCCAAUUUAGAAUGUUCAAAAUCAACUCGUGUCUUAUGUAUAGACGAAAUUUUUUUCUGCUUCAUUACAUUCAUACAAUUCCUUUUUCCAUGUAAUUGUAUUGUGCUUCCAAUCGAAAUGUUGAAAGUGGUCUACGCAAAAGCUUGAUACACACAGUAGUUGUUUACCAGUGGCUUUCUAUGUCAAAAAUUACGUGAUUGUACAUAUUUGCUUGAGAGCAUGUGUUUUAUUUCAGCACAUGAGUACAAAGCCAACUGCUGUGGAUCUGCGUGAACAUAUUUUAGAGGCAAGAAUAUAGGGGUGUGUGUGUUGUCACGUGGUCAACAUGAACUCUGAACCCAGCUUGUUCACCUGUGAAAUAUUACAGCACUCCCAUCAUGGAGCUAAGUGCUUACUUUUUUGUGUGUGGACACGUGCAUAACUGGCGCAUUACCUCAUGAAAAUGUUUUGAAAAGAAGUUUAAACACAUGCUCGUUCAAUAUUGUAUACGUUGCUCAAGCUGCAUGUUUCCGUGUGGUGUCUGGUGUGGAGCAAACGCAGUCGUGGAAAUAUUUUGUUUUUGAAGAUUGGUCAUAUACUCGCAACGCGUUUUCUGUUCGUCCUUUUACACUAUUGCUGGCUUAAAUUAUUUAUUUGAAAUGUCAUUAUUCAACUGAGAAAGAGAUAUUCUAACUUCACGGGUUUUUGGUGUGGUUCCAAAUAAAGAAUUGAUCGCCCAUAAGGUAGUAGAACAGUGUAUUUAAGCUGAGCAAGCUAUUAGCUCAACUAGAAAAUUACAUAAUGGUAUGGUAUAUGUUAAAACUCGUAUUGAAGCUAGUGAACACCCCAGAAACCUAAAUUUACAGUAUAAUACCACUCGUUAGUCCUUAUUUACAUGAAGGAAAACAACUGGUACAGCACAGCCAAUUGGAUUGAGCCAUGAAUUUAAGACCAGGUAUGAUUAUUCUCAAAAGCGUUAUAACUUAUAACCUGCCUCAAGUCGGUCGUUUUAUUCCCCCAAGGUUUAACAUAUGUAUGUUGUGUUUUCGUGUGGUCCCAGCAUGAAGCUCCCAGCAUGUGGAUCGAAACGUCGGACGUCGUGCCAAACAUGUGGUACAACCCGAAAACACAUCAGACAGCAAUACAGCAGCACAACCAUAGUUUAAUGUUAAACCUUAACAUAUUCACAGGUUGCCGGAGUCCAAAUUGGUUUUUAAUGCGCAAGUAAGAUUCAAAAUGGUUUCCCACUCUAGCAUGGGUAAUGUGCACAUCUCCUGCUUAAAAAUAUGUCAGUGGUGAAGAUACCACAUUCUUAUGGUGAGGAUGUGUUCAACCGUACCACUUUAUAUCAUUAAAAGCUCAGCAGCAGCCUGCACAUCGACUUUGAGUUGCAGGUUAGAGAAGUGGGGUCCAAUAUAAGCGAGUCUGAUAAAUAGGCAGAAAAAGCACACGUUUAAAUUGUAUGAAUUAUAAGUGUACAGUAAUUCCUUUGCAAAAAAAUCAUUUUGCAGCAAUGACAUUCUCUGCAUUUUUUUAUGAAACUCAUUAAAAUCGGUGAUAUAGAAAAAAAUGUCCACUGGUCAAUACACAAGUAAUGUAUUUGCUUAAGCGGAUUCAUGGAUUUAAGGUCCACAUUUAACUGACCUCUGACUCCCUGUUACCUUGAGGUAAAAUGGUUCAUGCGGAGGGAGUUUUAUGGUCUUAAAUCACUGAUGAUUCCACGAAAAUUACCAAUCGUAUGCAUUUAAUCAUUGCACUUCAUUUUAUUUUACCCAGUUCCCAUAGUCAACAAAUCCCAUUGCGAAACGGCAAAACAAGUAGCUGUAAAGGUGGAGAAAUGCCAGUUUAAUAGGUUCUGUAAACAUUAUCAACGAUGUGUUGAUAUUCUUCUUGUUGGGAGUAAUGAAUAAGCUCAUUUCAAACUGAUUUUAGUUGCACAAAUGUCACAUUGUUCCAAUUAAGUUAUUUUAAAUAUAAAAACAAAGUUCUUGCACAUUUGCAAUUACAAAAAAAUUACCACAUUUGUCAUGAACACUGCUGCUUAUAAUGGAUACAUGUAUAGUAGACUAAAUUAAAUUUUUGUAAUAGUUAUCCGAGCUCAGCAUACAUGACUGACAAUUGGAAACUCCACUUAUGGGGCAAUGUAAACAUUUCAUGGUGCGGUCUCUAAUUGCAAAUUGCAAAUCAGUAUUUCUGCGAGAAAGGAGUAUUGCUUGUUGUGCUAUCUUACCAUAACAUUUAAUUUUACAAGCAUUAAUGGCUGGCGUGGUUUUUUUUAUUUGUGGUUCACCAUUGUCAGCUUAGUCCUUUUUAAAUUUACGGUACUUUCACAAAUGAAUAUUUAACUGGCAUACGAUAGUGAAAGCAAUGCAAUGGCACGUGUGCAAUACUACCUGAACAGAAGAAUUUGGGGAGGUAAAAUAUCCAAGUUGUAAUGCACUGAUAUGGAGAUUAGUGGAUUAAAUGUGCAAGUAUACGAAUGCUUGCAUAGGCACCUUGGUCAUACUAAAUGUAAAAAAACUGGAUUUAAUACACAGAAUAUGGAGCAGCAUUCUCAUAAGUGUGCCAACCACAGCCUGUAUAUCUAAAUUGCCCAUUUUUAAUUAAAGCAUCCACCUAUAAGCAACUUUGCAAACGACUUACAAUAGUGGAAUUGUGAAUGAAGUCUUGUUGGCUUAUUUAAAACGUAUAGACGAUUAAAAAAAAUGUUAAACAAAUAUCGAUGGCUUCUUCAAAGUGGAAAUGUGGAGCUCAUUCAGUUGGUGGCUUUACGGAGACCUUAUCUUUUCUUUCUAGAACUUGGUUGUGAAUUAAAACUAAUUACUGAAAGUGGGCAAACAUCUCCAUAUCCUAUCCCGCCGGGUUAAGUUCCUAAUAACCCAUUACGCAACAAUUUGUUAAAAAAACCCUAUUUUACUUCGUGGCAUUUUUUUACUAAUACUCACAUGUGUAAGUGGUGUAUCAAAUGGUCAUGUAAAACAUGUCAUAUCGAGACUUAAAGAUUUCGUGACUGCAGGAAUUCAUAUUCUUUGGGUCUUUCGUGUAAAGUCACAUGUUAUUUUCUUUGAACCUAUCUACGUGACUUUACCGAAAGACCCAAAGAAUAUGUAAUAUCCACACCUGUGUGCCAUGCAAUUUCCAUAAAAUAGUGGUGCAUUUGUUGGAAAUUACUGGUGAAAUGUACUCGCUCAUGAGUGCUGUUCUUUAGUAAUCAUUGCCAAUGUAUUCCCACGUACCAUGUAUACCAAAGUGAGUACACAGUAACAAACAUGCAAACAGUUACAUUUAUCAUCUCGCACUGGUUGUCUAUGGUAAAGUACCAACACUUAAUGUGAUAUGUAUGGGUCCAUAAGUAAUUGUCCAAAUCUAUGUAAUGUGUCAAGUUUACCUGAUGUAUUCGUCAGGGAGAAGGAAUACACUUAAACCCAUUAUUUUUUAUUGUGCUCUUUGUUACUACUCUUAACUUGAAAACGUGGUAUGUUUCUCCCUUUUUCCCAUAGCUUCUCAAAUUGUAUGUUAUCCAAAAACUUGAAUAAAUGGUCAGCAUUGAGAUAUAUUA